UCUUCACCUGCCUUCUAUAUAAAACCCUAAUCUAGAUUUCCCGGCACUCUUCCCCCCACUCACCCUCGAAUUUUCAAAUCCCGCGCCUAUAUUUCCCUCCAAAAGUCCAUUCCGUGCUUUUGGAUUGUUUCCAGCACGGCGGGGAAACAGAGGGCAUUUGAUUUUUGAUUGAGUGAAGAUGUUGGAGCUGAGGUUGGUGCAGGGGAGCCUUCUGAAGAAGGUGUUGGAAGCGGUUAAAGAUCUGGUGAAUGAUGCUAAUUUUGAUUGCUCCGCCACAGGAUUCUCCCUGCAGGCCAUGGAUUCGAGUCACGUGGCGCUGGUGGCCCUGCUGCUUAGAUCGGAAGGCUUCGAGCACUACCGCUGCGACCGCAACAUUUCCAUGGGGAUGAACCUCAAUAACAUGGCCAAGAUGCUGAAGUGCGCCGGGAAUGAUGACAUUAUCACACUCAAGGCUGAUGAUGGCAGCGAUACUGUCACCUUCAUGUUCGAGAGCCCGACUCAAGAUAAGAUUGCAGAUUUUGAAAUGAAGCUGAUGGAUAUUGACAGUGAGCAUCUUGGAAUUCCAGAAGCUGAGUACCAUGCUAUAGUUAGGAUGCCAUCUUCAGAGUUUGCAAGAAUUUGUAAAGAUCUUAGCAGCAUUGGUGAUACAGUUGUGAUCUCUGUUACUAAGGAGGGUGUAAAAUUCUCAACAAGAGGAGAUAUUGGAACUGCAAAUGUUGUUUGCAGGCAAAAUACCACUGUUGACAAGCCAGAAGAAGCAACAGUUAUAGAAAUGAACGAGCCAGUGUCACUAACUUUUGCUCUGAGGUAUUUGAACUCCUUCACCAAGGCCACUCCCUUGUCCAACACGGUAACCAUAAGCUUGUCCUCGGAACUGCCAGUGGUGGUAGAGUACAAGAUUGCAGAAAUGGGGUAUAUAAGGUUCUACUUGGCACCCAAGAUAGAGGAGGAUGAUGAAGAGACUAAGCCUUGAGUUGAUUACUUAGAAAUUCUCAUCCUUGCUAGUUCGUAGUCAGCCACCACAAGCCAUAGGUCUUGUAUAUCAUUGUACUGCAUUUUCUUUUCAGUUCACUUACCCAGAGAAAUUGUCCCAGGGUUGAACUUGCAAGUUCAUUGUGCUGUGUGGUAGCUUCGUGCCUUACUGCCCACCAGCAAUGGCCGUCUGAGCUGUAUCUUUAGGAAAUUUUCUGAUUGGAAAUGAAGCCUAUGAAUGAUAACUGUCUCCUUUUUCACCAA